UUCCGGAAAUACAUUUAUCAUUAAUCUACUCGCCUUACCUAACAGAAGAAAAGUAAGACAUGUACAAAAAAAAAAAAUUGAAUUCCUUCCAAUCAAAGCAGAAUGAUUAAAAUAAACCGGCCUUUCUUGAUUGGGAAAGGCAUAUUACAAACUUCUAGUUUUCACUUUCUCAUAUAUUAUUGUGCAACAAAAAAAAGCUUCCUCAGUUGAAAAUUCAGUUCUUUGAAUUUUGAUUGAUCGAGAUAAGCAAUUUUUGAUAGGAAGAGAAAGCCAAAAAAUAAUGACGAUUACAAGCAAUCUCACCACCAAUAAUGUCAUCCAAGAUGGUUGUUUGUUGGUCAACGGAAAGAUUAUCUUCACCCAAGUACCCCAAAACGUCAUCGUUUCCCCGGCUCCUUUUGGUUCUUCUUUUAUUGGUGCCACCUCACCUACUCCCAGCUCCCGCCACGUCUUCUCCCUCGGCGUCCUUCAGGGAUACAAAUUUUUAUCACUCUUUAGAUUUAAGAUAUGGUGGAUGAUACCUAGAGUUGGAAAUUCUGGAAGUGAAGUACCAAUUGAAACACAAAUGUUGUUGUUGGAAGCUAAAGAAGAAUCUACACUCCUAGAUAAGGUUACUGGACCUUCUACAGAUGAUACCUUCUACAUUUUGGUUUUACCUGUUCUGGAAGGAGCUUUUCGAGCAAGUUUGCAGGGCACUUCAACAAAUGAGCUUGAAUUUUGUGUUGAAAGUGGAGAUCCUGAUGUUCAGACUUCGCAUGUAUCAGAAUCAGUUUUUAUAAAUUCAGGGGAGAACCCGUUUGAGCUCAUGAAAAAUUCGAUCAAGAUACUUGCUGAACACAAAGGGACAUUCAGUCACAUAGAGAACAAGAAGAUGCCUGCUCAUUUAGACUGGUUUGGAUGGUGCACCUGGGAUGCUUUUUAUCAAGAUGUCAACCCAGAAGGAAUUAGAGAAGGUCUUGAAAGUCUCUCACAAGGAGGUUGUGCACCAAGAUUCUUGAUUAUUGAUGAUGGGUGGCAGGACACUUGUAAUGAAUUCCGAAAAGAAGGUGAAGAGAAUUCUGAAGGGACACAAUUUGCUAUACGAUUAAGGAGCAUAAAGGAGAAUGAAAAAUUCCAAAGGCUUAGCUCAGAUGACUACACCAACCUUCCCGAGUUCAUCAAAUUUAUGAAAGAAAGAUAUGGAUUAAAAUAUGUUUACAUGUGGCAUGCUCUAGUUGGAUACUGGGGAGGACUCCUUCCAUCAUCUGAAUCUCUGAAGAAAUACAAUCCUAAGAUUGUAUAUCCUGUUCAGUCCCCUGGCAAUGUAGGAAAUCUUAGAGAUGUUGCAAUGGAUAGCAUUGAGAGAUAUGGGAUUGGACUUAUUGAUCCGGAGAAAAUUAAUGAAUUCUACAAUGAUUACCAUAGUUAUCUGGCCAGCAUUGAUGUGGAUGGUAUCAAAGUGGAUAUUCAAAAUGUAGUUGAGACAAUUGGUUCCGGUUAUGGUGGUCGGGUCACUUUGACUGCACUGCACCAGAGAGCGCUCGAGGAAUCUGUUGCAAGGAAUUUUAAGAGCAAUAAUCUCAUUAGCUGCAUGAGUCACAAUUCAGACUCCAUAUUCAGUUCAACGAAGAGUGCGGUUGCCCGAGCAUCAGAGGAUUUCAUGCCUCGAGAACCAACACUUCAGACAUUGCAUAUUGUCUCUGUGUCUUUUAACAGUCUCUUCCUAGGAGAAAUUGUUGUUCCUGAUUGGGAUAUGUUCCAAAGCAAACAUGAUACUGCAGACUUCCAUGCUGCUUCCCGAGCUAUAGGUGGCUGUGCAGUAUAUGUCAGUGAUAAGCCCGGAAAUCAUGAUUUCAACAUUCUUAGGAAGCUUAUCUUACCUGAUGGAUCAAUCCUAAGAGCCAGAUAUGCUGGUCGGCCUACUCGAGAUUGCUUAUUUAAGGAUCCUGUAAUGGACGGGAAAAGUUUAAUGAAGAUUUGGAACAUGAACAAGUUAUCUGGCAUUAUCGGAGUGUUCAACUGCCAAGGAGCUGGAAAUUGGCCAUUGAAACAAAACUCUCUGGAUAAUCCAACACCCAAAAUUAUUUCAGACCAUGUCAGUCCCAAUGAUGUUGAAUUCCUUGGAGAGGUUGCUGGUGAUAAGUGGCACGGAGAUUGUGCAGUAUAUUCUUUCAAUUCUGGAAUUCUUAUCAAAGUUCCAGAUAAUGGAAAAGUGGAAGUGUCCUUGAGUGUUCUAACAUGUGAAUUAUAUACAAUCUGUCCUAUCACGGUCAUUGAUGAAGCUGUUCAUUUUGCUCCAAUUGGAUUGAUUGAUAUGUACAACUCUGGAGGAGCAGUAGAAGCUUUGAGUUCAACUACAGGUCCAAAUGGAUGUAUUGUUAAGAUUGAAGUGCGGGGUUGUGGUUGCUUUGGAGCUUAUUCGAGCACAAAACCAAGGCAUUGUACGGUUGACAUGAUGGAGGAAGAAUUUACAUACAAUCCUGAAGAGGGAUUAUUGACUAUGAAGCUUGAAGGAGGAUGCCAAGUUAAAAAUAUGGAAUUUAUGUAUUGAAAUUUGAAAUGAGAGGUACAUAUCAUUUUUCAAGAAGUGAUUUGGUUUUGGUGUUUUUGUGUGACUGUCUCCUUUUCUAUGAGAGGAAUUGUUCCUGUUUGACUGUCUAGGUUAUGGAACUUCAGAGCUAUUUUUUAAUUUUGCAUUCUCUGUAUUUCAUCUAGCUUAUUUUAUUAGAUGACCAAACGACUACUUAAACUUUCAUCAGUUUGACAUGACA